CUAAAGAUUUGGUAAAUAUAUUACGAGAAGCUAAUCAGGAAGUCGACCCUAAGCUUCUUGAGCUUGUGAAACUCGCUGUCGCUAGCACUAGUAAUGGACGUUCAAGAUAUGGCAGCAGUAGUGGGCGCGGUUAUAAUUCUGCUGUAAAUAACCGCUCUCGUUGGUGA